AUGGAAAGGGCCCAAUCCUUGGACGAGAAUGUGGGAAAUGUGCCAAGGCUGAAAUUUGGGAGGAACAAGCUAUUGCUGGUGGCCUCUGUGAUUCAGGGGCUGGGGCUCCUGCUGUGCUUCACCUACAUCUUCCUAAACUAUGCUUCUCAGGUGCCACCUCAUUAUCUCCCAAUUCAAAAUAUCGGAGUAAAAUUUACCAGGUGUGAGAACGAGAAAGGUUGCAUCCUCACAUCCCCAAACAACUAUGCAACCAUGAAGGUGCAAGACAAUUCCAUCGUCAUCAGCUGUGAUGGGUAUUAUCUCAUCUACCUGAAGGGCUACUUCUCCCAGGAGGUUAGCCCAAGCCUUACAUACCGCAUGGGACGGGAACUCCUCCUCCCCCGGACCAAGGACAAGUCUAUCAACAUUGCCACAGUGGUCUAUCUGGCUUUCAAGGACAAAGUCAACUUGAAUGUAACUACUCAUAAUACUUCCAAAGACAACAUCUCAGUGAAUGAAGGGGAACUGAUUCUCAUCCAUCAAAAUCCUGGUGGAUACUGUGGCCCCUGA